AUGCAUCGUCUUUUUGCUGAGCUGGAGCCAUCUUUAACCGUCACAGAGCAAAACCUGGCAGACCGAGUUCGGUAUAUCUUGCCCUCAAAUAUAUUUGAUGUCGCCGAACUCGAACGGCUACGACGUGAGGCUGUUCCCUCAUCAGAUGAAAAUGCUACGGCUGAGGAUGUGGCGCCACAAAUUGUAGAGCAACCCGCAAACGUGGAUGCCGCCGUGAAUACCCCAGUUGUGGUUGAACAGUCGCCCAGGAACGAUGAUGGAUGGAUGGAACUUCAAACGAUGAUGGAACAGUCGCCCAGGAACUGGAAUUAG